AUGAAUAUGAUCAUAAGCUGGAAUGUGAGGGGGUUGAAUAAUGCAGGGAAGUGUAAUGAGAUUACAACCCGUCUCAAGAAGCUUGACCCUGAUAUUGCUAUACUAGUGGAAACUAGAGUGAAGUUGAAUAAAGUAAAUAGCAUUAGAAAUAAAUUUGGUAACAGUUUUUCAUACAUCGACAAUUACUCCAAACAUUUGAAUGGCCGUAUCUGGAUUCUAUGGAAUAAUAAUAGAGUUAAUCUUGUUGUAGAGGAUUGCACAGAUCAACUUAUCCAUGUUAGAGUGCAAUCCAAUAGUGGUGACUUGGUUAUGUGGUGCACUGCGAUUUAUGCUCACAACCAAAUUAUUCACAGAAGACAACUCUGGAGAGACAUUGCUCAAAUUCAUGGUGGCAUUGAUGGACCAUGGAUGUGUAUGGGAGAUUUUAAUAAUGUGGUGUGUGCUAUGGAUAGGAUUGGAGGAAGAUCUGUGCAGGAAAAUGAGUAUAUAGAGUUGACAGACAUGAUGAAAGAUGCUGAUCUUCAUGAGAAAGAGAGUCAAGGGGAUCAUUUCACCUGGUCUAAAAAACAUAGCUUGGGCACAAUAUACACGAGGAUUGAUAGAGUUAUUGGCAACAUGGACUGGCAUCAAAAGUUUGUUAAUUAUAUAUUGUACAUCAUGGAACUUGGGGUGUCAGAUCAUUCCCUGUUGUUUUUAAAAAAAAACUUGCAACAGAGGAAUAUGAGAAAUUAUCCGUUCAAAUUUCCUAAUGCAGUGGUCACCACUGAAGGAUUCUUGCAAGCUAUAGAGGAAAACUGGAAUACUCCAAUGGAAGGGAAUGUUAUGUAUGUGGCGUGGAAAAAGAUUAGAAGAUUGCAACCUAUUAUCAAAUAG